AUGAUCAAAUCUACAAUUGCUCUACCCUCUUUCUUCAUUGUUCUAAUUUUGGCGUUGGUCAAUUCAGUGUCUGCAUCUUCUAGUUACGCACCAGUUGCUAUCAGUUUACCAGCAUUCAGCAAAGAAUGUCUGUACUACGAUAUGGCUACUGAGGAUGAUUCUCUGGCUGUGGGUUAUCAGGUUCUAACUGGUGGUAAUUUUGAGAUUGAUUUUGAUAUUACUGCCCCUGAUGGAGCUGUGAUUACUAGUGAAAAACAAAAGAAAUAUUCCGACUUUUUGUUGAAAUCAUUUGGAGUGGGGAAGUAUACUUUCUGCUUUUCCAAUAACUACGGUACGGCCUUGAAAAAGGUAGAAAUUACAUUAGAAAAGGAAAAAACUUUGACUGACGAACCUGAAGCUGAUGUUAAUAGUGAUGAUAUUAUCGCCAAUAACGCCGUGGAGGAAAUCGAUAGAAAUUUAAACAAAAUCACAAAGACUUUGAACUAUUUGAGAGCCAGAGAAUGGAGAAAUAUGUCAACCGUCAAUUCGACCGAAUCAAGGUUGACUUGGUUAUCUAUACUAAUCAUGAUCAUCAUCGCCGUUAUAAGUAUCGCCCAAGUCCUACUUAUUCAAUUCCUCUUCACUGGUCGUCAAAAAAAUUACGUUUAA